UUCCGCACUCCAUCCGUCUCUCUCUGUACACACAAGAAAUAACUGACACUUGAAAACACACACACACAACUCCUACAAAAGCGAAACACACCCCCAAUUGCCACUCAAAACGACAUUGUCAUUUCAAUUCCUCUCUUUCUCUUUCUCUCUCUAUCACACACCACGCACCAUCCAUCCCUUUUAUGCAUUCCUCCAUUCCCCUCUUUCCUUCAUUUUAAUUCCCAUUCCAAUUCCCUCUCUCUACAAUAUAUACUAAUUAGUAGUUAAUAAAUAAACAAGGAGAGCUGGAUCCAUCACAGGAGCCAGCGCAUUCCUUGAAGGCAGCAGCAACCGCCGCUACCACCACUGCCGUUACUUCUAACGGCCAGAUCCGCUACCGUACCCCUUCCUCCGCUGAACUUCUGGAAACAGCCUCUUCCUCCUCCUCCUCCUCCUCCACCACUGCCGCCUCCACCGUCAUCGCCACUUCCCCUACUCACGACGCCAUGAAACGUCCGAUGGUGCCACGCCACGAGUCUUUGUCCGAUAAGAUCCAUAGAAACCGGAGCAUUUUAUUAGUGGUAUCCAUACCGAUGGUGCUGUUAUUGUUUGUUUUAUUUGUAAUGCCUAGUAGAUCUCCCUCCGCUGUUGUAGAAGAAUAUGAUUUUAGAAAUAGAAAAGUGCCUCCUAAUUUGAGAGAUGCUAAAAUGUACGCCGUUAUUUUUGAUGCUGGAAGUUCCGGUAGUAGAGUUCAUGUUUAUUGUUUCGAUCGCAAUAUGGAUCUCGUUCCUAUUGGUAAAGAUCUCGAGCUUUUUGUUCAGAUUAAACCAGGAUUGAGUGCAUAUGCAAGUGAUCCACAAGCUGCAGCGAACUCUCUUCUUUCUUUGCUUGAUAAGGCGGAGAGUGUUGUGCCUAAAGAGCAGCGGUCGAAGACACCUGUUAGAGUUGGGGCUACUGCUGGUUUGAGGGCAUUGGGAGCUGAUGCAUCUGAUAGAAUUUUGGAUGCAGUUAGGGAUCUUUUGAGAGAUAGGAGUACCCUGAAAUCUGAGGCUGAUGGAGUUACUGUUCUGGAUGGUUCUCAAGAAGGUUCUUAUGAAUGGGUGACAAUAAAUUACCUGUUAGGGAAAUUGGGAAAGUCAUAUGCUGAUACAGUUGGAGUUGUUGAUCUUGGUGGUGGAUCGGUUCAAAUGGCAUAUGCUAUCUCUAAGUCAGAUGCUGCGAAGGCUCCAAGGGUCUUAGAUGGAGAGGAUACAUACGUGAAAGAAAUGCGUCUGAUGGUGACUGACUAUUACCUCUAUGUUCACAGUUACCUUCACUAUGGCUUAUUAGCAGCUCGAGCAGAAAUUUUGAAGGUCUCUGAAGAAUCUGACAAUGCAUGCGUCUUGAAUGGUUAUGAUGGGGCUUACAAAUAUGGCGGAGUGGAGUAUAAAGCAUCAGCUUCUCCUUCUGGUGCAAGCUUGGAAGGAUGCAGAAGUCUUGCUUUGAAGGCUCUCAAAGUUAAUGAAUCAACAUGCACCCACAUGAAAUGCACAUUUGGUGGAAUAUGGAAUGGUGGAGGUGGGGAUGGACAAAAGAAUUUGUUUGUUGCUUCAUUUUUCUUUGACAGGGCUGCCGAGGCUGGCUUCAUAGAUCCUACUCAACCUGUUGCCAGAGUUCAUCCUGGGGAUUUUGAGGAGGCAGCUAAGCGUGCUUGUGAAACUAAACUAGAGAACGCGAAAUCCACUUAUCCACAUGUAGAGGAGGGUAACUUGCCCUAUUUGUGCAUGGAUUUAGUUUACCAGUACACAUUGCUUGUAGAUGGAUUUGGUCUUGAACCUUGGCAAGAAAUUACGUUGGUGAAGCAAAUCAAGUACCGCGAUUCCCUUGUUGAAGCAGCAUGGCCUCUAGGCAGUGCCAUCGAGGCUUUGUCAAUAUAAACAUGAUUGAGAUUACAUCUGUUUAAUCAUCAAGUGGAAAUUUAUGGCAUGUGGUUCCUCAGCAUCGGCGGGUUUUAGGAGAUUGAAAGAGUUUAUAAUGGUGUCAGAAGUUAGCAGCAAGUUGAAAUGGCAAUCGGGUUUUGGCCUACAUCACGGGAAUAAUGAGAAGAAACAGCACCAUUUAUCUUCAUUUGUAAUUACGUUAGAGUGUUCCUAAUGAUUUUUGAGAGAAUGAUUCCAUUCAAUUAGUUCAAUAUUCUUUGUUUGUUAAAACAAACAAAUUAUGAUACCAAUGCAUUAUUGUAGUUACAAGUC